AACCAGGGCAGAUGACGGCUGAGAGAGCAGGAUCCAAGCCAGACUCUGAAUCAUGGAACUCGCCAACAUGAUCAGGGUCCCCAUGUCGCUCAACGCAAUCGUGUGGCUCAACGCUGCUGAUGCAAUCUGGCAAGAUGGCGCCAACACCCCUCUCUCCGCCUCCGACAUCCUCGCACGUGCCCUCCCGUCCUCAUCCUCCGACCAUGCUGAUCCAGAAAACCUCCAGCGCAUCCUCCGCAUGCUCACCAGCUACGGUGUAUUUGCCGAGCACCUCAUCACCCCCGACGGCUCCCAGCGAAAAUACUCCCUUACUGAUAUAGGCAAAACCCUCGUCACCGGCCCCGACGGCCUCUCUUAUGGCGCUUACGUUCUGCAACACCACCAGGAUGCAUUGAUGAGAGCGUGGCCGCUGGUGCACGAAGCGGUGGUUGACCCGAGAUCGGAGCCGUUCGUUAAGGCCAAUGGAGAGGCUGCGUACGUGCAGUACGGGAAGGAGCCGGGGAUGAACGGGCUGAUGUUGAAAGCGAUGUCGGGAGUAUCGGUGCCGUUCAUGAAGGCUGUGUUGGACGGUUACGAUGGAUUUGAGGGUGUAGAGAGAUUGGUGGAUGUGGGUGGGAGUGCAGGGGAUUGUCUACGGAUGAUCUUACAGAAACAUCCCAAUGUACGUGAAGGAAUCAACUUUGACCUCCCGGAGGUCGUCGCAAAAGCACCAAACAUCCCCGGAGUGAAGCAUGUGGGUGGUGACAUGUUUCAGUCAAUCCCUGCUGGUGAUGCUAUCUUCAUGAAGUGGGUUUUGACGACAUGGACAGACGAAGAAUGCAAGUUGAUAAUGGAGAAUUGCUACAAGGCUUUGCCGGCCGGGGGAAAAUUGAUAGCGUGCGAGCCGGUGCUGCCGGCGGAGUCCGACUCGAGCCACCGGACUCGGGCGCUACUAGAAGGAGACAUAUUUGUAAUGACAAUCUACAGGGCUAAGGGUAAGCACCGUACAGAAGAUGAGUUCAGGAAACUGGGUCUCUCCGUUGGCUUCUCUGGCUUUCAAACUUUUUCUUUCGAUUAUUUCUACACUCUUUUAGAAUUCCAUAAGUAGUAAUAUAUAUAUAUAUAUAUUAACUACAAUUAUGUUUUUUAAGUGUUUACAUGUUGGGUACAACAUUAUCUUGAUCAUAAUGGUGAGGAGAAGUAGAGAGAGUAAUGUUUUGAUGAAGGAGCCACUGAUUCCCAUCAAUGUAUGAAACAUCCAUGAA